AUGCGCAAACGCUGGCGAGAGAGCGAGUGGGGGCGUAUUCGCAAGCAGCAGAAGCAGGGCACUGGCACCGGGCAGAAAUGGGUGGGUGGCUCCUUCGAUGUCGGCGUAUUUCUCGGCGUGGAUGUGCUGGACCAAGAGCUACCCCUUCCUCCCGCAUCUCCGCCGGACAUCGUCUUUCGCGAGCCCUCUCCUUCGGCUCGACCUCCAAUCAGCACACAGUCACCCUCGGCGGAAGCAGAGACGUUCGUAACGGCGCCGUCUCGCGCAUCUACAGGACCACCUAUCCCCCACGGCCGACCUCCAGAGGUGCAUGCUGGGAUCGUUGACUCAAGCCCAAACUCAUCGACCGCCUUGCUCGCGGCCUCCGGCGCUGAGGCUGCUCGCGACACUCACUCGGAGCCCGGAAGUUCUUUUCUCGAACCAAAUACCUCUGGGUCUGGACUUGGCGUCGAUGAUGCAUCCAGGAGGCCGCCUCUUGAUGACGCUCGUCGGUCCAGUAAAGGGAAGAACAAGGAUGUUCGUUUCAGUCAGGACAUCCCAGCUCCUCCCCGCGAGGUACUUGCCCGUACAGGAAGCGCUGUGAAGACGACCAGUGCAGGCGCGGCGGAACAGCAAAAUCCCGAGGAGAGCGUACCUUGGGGAGGGGUGAUUAUGAGAGAUCGUAUGCUCGUGCGGAUAUCAUAUACGGAGGACUCAGUGUCUCCAACGUUUGAUGAACGGCAGAAUCGAACCACCCGGCACCUUGAAACCAAUACCUGGAAGGAAUAUUUGGUGGCUUGGCGGAAGGGCAGGAUCGAGAUCUACAGGGAUCAUGUAAUUCCAGGGAAGGAGUGGCUUCUAGGCACAAAAUGUCUAGCUUUCGUGGUACCACUCAGCUCCGCAGCAACUCGGCUCUCAUUAUACUCCUUCCUUGAUCUUUCCUUCUGUCUUACUUGCCCUCCAGUACCACUUCAAGGGGAAUCUAGUCGUCGACAUCGCAUUUUCGGCACUUCCAGAGGUACCAAUAUCUUCGUGUUCAAGCUGAAGAGUCGUACUCGUGCCGUGGACUGGGUGUGGCAAAUGUGGCGAGCUAUGGGAGGACAGCUUCCGCCUUCAAUCGAAAUAAACAUCACUGCACUGGACACUCGUGUAACGAUCGACGUACCGGGCCACGACGCGGGAGAUAUCGACGCGGCCUACGACGUUUUCCAGAAGAAGAACAUUACGCAGCUCAUCGAAACUCGUCUGAGGGAAGCACCCGAGUACCGCUCACUUCUCGAGCGCGAACAAGCAGCAGGCACCGAGUUCGAGUUCGCGUGGCGUCACGACACCGACCUCGACUGGGUCUGGCGGGAGCGCACCGUGGUGGACGAGCCUCGCAAGUGGGCCAUGCUUAGUGGCUUGGCCCUUAGACAAGCCGACCGACCCGCCCACCUGGAGUUCCACAAGAAGCGCCAUGUCUACACCACGAUGUACAUGAAGGACCGGACGCGCCUCGACGAGCCUCAUGGAAUAGAAGGCUACGUCGACCGCAUACGCCCGAACUCGCAGACCCGGCAAUCCCUCUUCCUCACCACACACGACGGAUACAUUUUCACAGUCGCGCCUCUGCAUGCUCACCCUCCUGCUCCACCAGGCGCCCCUGUCGACAUCACCAACGUGGACAAGAGCGUUACCAGCUUCCACAGCCACUCGCAUACCCAAGACACCCGGCACCGUGCGGAGAUCCGCCGUGGGCGCAUGCAAAUAUUGCAGGCCGCCGGGGUGUCCGACCUGCGCAACGUCGUGUUCGUUCGGCGCGCCUUUCAGCCGGUCCCGCAACCCCGGGAGAACGCAAACAUCAGGAAACUCACGGAUUGGGAGGACUCACCCGAAUUCUGGGACGCGGUGGACCGGAGCGAGAGCGAUGACGAGGACGCGGGAGGGGACGCACCCAUGAAUGUGCACACGGACAAGGCGCACCUGCGUAUGCGCCGCUCCUUCGAGCUCGUGCUCGCCUCAGGUCGCGUCAUUCGGUUCGAGGCGUACUCAUGCUCGGCCGCGUUGGAGUGGAUCACGCGCUUGCGACAGCUGGUGUCCUACUGGAAGAAACGUCAUCAGGCCGACGCUCGGCUCGAGAUGGACAUCGCGCAUGUCAGUACCGGGCGGGAGCGCAUCACCCCGCACAAGCCGCGCGAGGAGCACCACCACGCCGGGGCGCACGAGAUGCCGACAGAACCGCCGCCGGACCGCGACGCAGCGCUACCGGACCUCUCGUUCUUCUACAACUGGUGCGUGCUGGAGGGUUGCCGUCCGAUUCUCAAGGCCGGUAGGCUGUACGGUCGCAAGGGUCUCUACGGCCAGUACAAACACAUUCAGCUCGUGCUCAUCGCCGGCCACCUCGUGCAGUUCCACAUCACCGGUCGUGCCUCGUUGUACCACCGCAAGGACAAGGUGUUCACGCUCCUGGACGCGUACGUAUGCUCUGGCUACUUCGCGGCGCAGUACCUGCCCGAUGGCCAGUACGAUGCCAACGCGCCGCCGGUCGCGCGCCGGUACCAAGAUGGGCUCGAGACAGACGACUGCGAGGAGGACACACUGUUUGUACUCUGGUUCCGCAAGGUGCGCGGCGCGGCGCCGGGCGUGCGCCGCAACAGCAACGGUGCGGAGGUGCCUCCACUCUCAGCGAAGCGCAGCGUUGCGGUCUUCCGCACGCGGAGCAAGCUCGAGCGCGACGCGUGGGUGUGGGCGAUCAAUGUGGAGAUAGAGAAGCUCGUGCGGGCGUCGAGGGAGCGCGAGGAGGCGGUAAGGCAGGCGGGGAACCUCCCUCCUUGUCGAGCGCAUUGA